AUGGACCUCCCGCUUCCCAAUGAUAUUCUCCUCCUGGUUGGGGAGUUCGUGGAAGAUCAUUGGGACCGUUACAAUCUGCUCUUGGUCUCUCAUCGAUUUCAUGACUUGUUUCUACACUUGCUUUACCGAGCUGCCACUUUGAAGAGCUGCGCUCAAAUUCAAUCGUUCCUGGGAGCGCUGCUCCAUCGCCCCGAGCUGGCUCGGGCUGUCCGCGCAGUGGACUUUCAUGACUGGCAGCAGUCUCGAGCGGCCUCAGCUUCUUAUCCGUUCGCCGUGACUGAUUCAACACAUUUCAUAAACUUGGCGGAAACCCUCAGCCAGACCGAAGAAGAACAGAAACGAUGGGUUCAGGACCUCUCGAAUGGAGUCGCGGAAGCAUGGUUCGCUCUUCUCUUGCCCUUAAUAGGCAAUCUGAGACAUCUUCAGCUGGCGUACUCCAAGAACAACAAUUACCUUGACCGUAUGAUGCAACGAGCCGUGAAGGGGGAGAAUCCAUUUCACGUUCAGCCCGCCUUCCGCAUGCUGCAAAGUGUUUCCUUGAGCCAUUUGCCGGACGACGAGGACAGCCGAGGGAGCUUCACGCCGUUGCAGGUCCUUCCAUUCUUUCAAUUGCCAUCCAUGCGAACCUUUUCCGCCGAUUCUGUCCUCGAGUCUAUGCAAUUAGAGGAGAGUGAGUCGCAACUGACGGAAACCGUCAGCUCCUCGCCCAUUACAGAGAUCACACUCCGCACGAGUAGUGGUUCCCGGGGUAUGGUGAGCUUGAUCGCUGCCUGCUCUUCCCUGAAAUCGUUCAAGUAUCAGCACUCCGAUUCGCACCUUCUGGCCGAGGGCUACCGGCCAUCCUCUUUCUACCGAUCGCUAGACGCGAGCAAAGGUUGUCUGCAGAGUUUGUGGCUAGAUAAUUGCGGCACCCACCUACCUUUCACCAUCGCUGGGGCAAACGAGACACACGACGAAUGGUUCGGUCCAUUGACUGAGUUCACCGCGCUGAAGGAUUUGCGUAUUCGUCUGCCUAACCUGCUCGAUGUCCGCUACCAACUCGAUCCAUCCUGCCCACUUAUGGAUAUUCUUCCGGCGUCGCUGAAUUCCCUUUAUGUGGAAGGAUGCAAAGAGAACUCGCUGGGUAUGCUUGUGAGACAGCUGAAGUCGGUGCUCCAGAAGCGCAAAACACAGUUCUCGAAUCUGAAGCGACUAGAUAUCGAGGGCUCCUUCCACGACGAGGAGGACGAAGAGGCGUCUGGCUAUCAGGCGUCCGACUCAACGAAUCAGAGGUUCAUCCGACCACGGGUGUAUGAGAUGGCUGAACCGCUACGCGAGGUGUGUGCCGAGGCAGGAAUUGACCUCUAUCUUCGCGACCGUGACUGUCUGGACACGAUGCGAGAUUAUUUCUGA